AAUCAAAUUUUUAUUGUCAUUCACUUCUGUAGCUGCCAGGAAAUUACAAAAAUUGAAGAGAAAGAUAAACGAAUUAUUUGAAGAAUUACUCGUUCAUAGUAUGAUGGUGAGAUACACACAUGAGUACGCUACUUGAUUAGCUUCAAUUGAAGUUCAUUGCCGCUAUACCAACUUAUUGGAACGAUCGAGGGAAUAUUUCCAAAACACUAUGAGUCUAAGCAAGGGAGAAAUUCCACCCAAUGAUGUGGAACUGUUGGUUAAGGCUGGGAAAGAUGGCAAAAGUCGAGGUGCGUGUCCGUUUUGUCAAAGAAUGCAUAUGAUUUUGCUGUUAAAGUGCCAAGGUGGAGAUCUCCAGAAGUUUACCGUUACUACAGUGAAUAUGUCAAAACCUCCAGCUGAUUUUAUCAAGAAGAUAUCUAGUCGUUUACCUGUGUUGAUUCACGGUAAUGAGAUCGUUUCUGAUAACGAUGAAAUAGUCCAGUAUAUCGAUGAUAACUUUCCAAGUCCUAGCCUAGCAUUUGAUAAUAAAAAAGCCAACGAAAUCUGUCUGGAAGUGUUUUCAAAGUUUUCAUAUUUCACCAAAGAAGUGUCUCAUUCAUCGGCCCAGCUCCUUGCUGAAUUGCGUAAAAUCAACAACUUCUUAGACCAGCAGGGAACAACGUUUCUCUGUGGGGAUUACCUAACACACCUAGACUGCGAGAUGCUUCCAAAGCUUCAACACAUCCGAGUUGUCGCUAAAGCUUUCAAGAACUUUGAGAUCCCUUCAGAGUUCACUGCUCUUUGGCGCUACCUUAACAAUGCCUAUUCUUGCGAGACAUUCAAGUUAACCUGCCCUUCAGACCAGGAAAUCGUGCACCAUUGGACUGUUAAACCGGAAAUGCCACACCUCCCUCGGGACAAGGAGAACUAUUAUUCGACUGAGACACCCGAGCGACGAUCAUUUGAUGUACCAAUAAAAAAAUCAAUCAACGGUGAAUAUGGAUACUAAUGUCAUUUUAAGACUGCCAGCCUACCCAUAUCUAGUACACGACAGGACAGGAAUAUACCAUUCGCAAAAUGAACAGUCUAUUAUUAUAAUGAAUUUCACAUUAUCAAUACAUGUAUAACUUAUAAUGAAAUAUUUAUGAAGGAUGCGGACUGUGAGUAUGAUUAACUAA